UAUUUUUCCCCACUACAGGCCUAUAGUAGGAAAGUAUGCGAUUUGGGACACAGCCGAAUUCUCUUGUUCGCCGUAAAACUGCCGUGUGUGAUCGUGUCCUGUCGCAAAAUGUGGUGAAAACUCUCACACGACGUUCAUAGUGUGAUUAAGGUGUUUACAUGUGUGUAAUACACGUCCAUAAUGCGACUAAAACAGGAGUACUCCACCUGUCUUAAUUAGAUUAGUGCUUACUUCGAUUAUGACCUUAAUUAGAUUAAGCUGCAGUUCAUAGAAACCUCUUCACGGCUAAAGCUGCAGAGAUGGAGGUCGAGGGGUCCAUGAAGAGGCGGCUCCAGCUGGCAUGAGAUCGAGAGUGUGGGCGCAAGAGCAGACUUUUGAUAAAGGAGGGUAUUUACAGUGUUUUAACUGGUUGUGUUUGAGUUGUGCAGGCUUGUGUCACCUGACUUAAAGAAGGCAUUGUUUGAAGGGCUUGAUCAGCACCUCCCACGACUCCUGCAGUUGUACAACACCGAGAGGCAGUGAAAUACCCGAAAUCCCACAUGUGAUGACCCGCAUUGAUCAAGAGUUUAUUUUGGAUACAGGCAGAGGAAGCUCAGCGAAAGCUUAAGAGACAGAAUGGAGAGGACCCAGCCCUGCCUCCAUUCUGCCCACUGUUUGCCAGCUUGGGAAACAUUCUGCAGUGUGACGUGCUGCUUGGCAUGCUGGGAGCUGUGCUGCAGUGGGCUAUGGAGCCCAGGGAGGACACUGGUCUGAGUCCAUGCUGCAGAGGAUGGUGGUUAGUAUUAAAAUGAUGCGCGAGUGCACAGCUGCUGCACCUCCCUGUGAAGGAACAGGGCACUGUCAUAAGGAGACUGUGUGGGACAAAGACAAAGCAUAGAGAAAAAGGAAAGCUGAACUGUGCUGGAAAAAGACCAUGGCUCAAACAUUAGAGAGCCAGAGUCAUUUUAUCAAUAAGUACAUAGAUCUGCUCACGCAGGAUUCAGAGGAUCUGGACGCCUCAGCCUCUACAUCAGCAGAGCAUAGCCCCAGUUCAUGUGACAGUGCUCUGGUGUGUGUGGGACCUCGUCGUUGGCGUGCCAGAGGAGGAGAGAGGAGGCAGAUGGAGAUGCGUAUCCUGUGUCACGAAGCGCAGGAGAUCCUACCUGAUGGCACCACCAUGGUGCUCGCUGCCUUUGUCCAACGCUCUACGGUCAUGUCCAAGAACCGCAAAAGACCCCCUCACAAUGCAGAGAGCUGUGAUCCCCUCUUCAUGCACCCUGACCUGUCCUUUGGUACCCAUACCGGCAGCUGUGGCCACGUCAUGCACUCUCACUGCUGGCAGAGGUCUUUGAAUAUCAAUGAUGCAAACAGGGAGGAGAAAUAUAACAGAACGAAAGACCAACAAUCAGAAGCAGCAGAUCGCCAAGAUGGAUAUCUGGGGCGUCAGGAUGCCACCAAUGUUAGUGGAGUACUUUGCCACGUUGCGCCAACAGUCGGAAGAUUACCAAGCUGCGCUACGAAAGCAGCAGGACGCCAGGAAUUACCUGGGCUUCAACUUACCGCCUAUGUUCAUGCAGGACUACGCCAUGCUACGCCAACAGGAGGAGGAGUCCAGGUACAAGGGGGAGUUUGUGUUCAGUACAGAGACCCAGCCCGGGACCGACAGGGUGACCUCAGAGCUCGAACCUGAGCUCCACGAGGUGGGCUCACCUGCCGAGCUCCAGCAAAGGGUCAGCGGGGAGGCACUAGCACCAGGCUUUGAUGUCCGAGUCCCAGUCAAGUCUCAAGUCCCUAAGGUCCCAGCCAAGCCUCGCGUCCCUGAGGUCCAAAUCAAGCCUCGCGUCCCUGAGUUCACGUUCAGGCCUACUGACCCAAAUGACCAAAUGCGCUCACGCCCAGCCAAGCUCCGCUCACGCCACAGUCCGCCGACACACACCGCCAAGCUCCGCUCACGCCACAGUCCGCCGACACGCACCGCCAAGCUCCGCUCACGCCACAGUCCGCCGACAGGCACAGCCAAGCUCUGCCCACGCCCCAGUCCGCCGACACGGCCAGCCAAGCUCUGCCCAUGCCCAAGGUUCACAUAGUGACCUCAGAGCCUCAGCCUCCCCGUUCAGCUGAGGUCGUCGCUCAGCCUCCCCGUUCAGCUGAGGUCGCCGCUCAGACUCCCCCGUUCAGCUGAGGUCGUCGCUCAGACUCCCCGUUCAGCUGAGGUCGUCGCUCAGACUCCCCGUUCAGCUGAGGUCGUCGCUCAGACUCCCCGUUCAGCUGAGGUCGUCGCUCAGACUCCCCGUUCAGCUGAGCUCGCCGCCUGCUCCAUGGCAACUAGCGUUCCCCCCUUCUGCUUCGAGGAGACCCACGCUCCUCUCCCUGGCUGCACGGGGGACUUCUCUCGGCCUUCCAGUUCAGCUGGGGACAUUGCGCCGCUUUCAUGCUCUGCCGAGGAAAUAUCUCAGCCUCCCUGUGCCAUUGUAGAAGCCGCCCGGCCUCCUGAUUUUGCGGGGGACAUUUUCUCCAGGGGGCCAGGACCACCAGAUGGAGGACGUAUAAUUUUGGGCGCUCCGGGAGUAGCGCCCUUGGGGGAGGGUUCUGUCACGUAUCAGGAAGCUCUGGACUCCACUUCCCAUCAGCCACUGCACUGCACUACAUGUCACAUGACCACCUGCACCUGAUUCACGUUUUGGUUAAUGAGCACUUGUGUGUGUGUGUGUGUGUGUGUGUGUGUGUGUGUGUGUGUGUGUGUGUGUGUGUGUGUGUGUAUAUAGCCAUUGUCUGCACUGAUUCACUGUCUUUUGUUGUAUUAGACUACCAUGUUACAUGUUUUGUUUCAUGCCACAGUAUUUUGCCUAGUUGUCGUAGUGUCUAUGUUUUGUUGUUUGUUCAUAUAAUAAAUGUUAUAUAUCUGCGAUUGCUUCCGAAC